CCUCUGAGGGCCGUAAGUCCCGCCUCACAGUGUGACUUGAGGGUAUAAAAUGAAGGAACGCCACUGUACGCGGGAGCCAAUCUUCAGUUGGAGUUUACCUACGAAUUCUGUCAAAGAGACACAAGUCUGUCAAUUACUAUAACCACUGCCUGCACAGAGACUCAUUGGUGUCGCUUUCCUUCCGCCUCCAAGCUCCAAGUUUACCUCCAGUCGGGCGGCCACACGGAGCUCAGCAUGGCCGCGGACGGCACCGACCAGCGGGCGCUGCAGUAUGAACAAACUCUGAUGUAUGGGCGUUACACCCAGGAGCUGGGGGUGUACGCUAAAGAAGAAGCAGCUCGGCUGAGAGAGAGUGGACAGAGGCGAUCGGUCAGUGAGCGAAGUCGGAACUUGGACCUGCUGGAAUACAACAAAGGACGCUGUGCCAAGUGUCGCAUUUGCACGGUUCGCUGCCAAAAGUUCCUGAUCUCACGGGUCGGGGAGGACUGGAUCUUCCUCAUUCUGCUAGGAUUAUUCAUGGCAUUGGUCAGCUGGGUGGUGGACUUUUGCAUCGCCAUUUGCCUUCAAGCACAGAAAUGGAUGUAUGGUGGCCUGGACAGUAACGUUUUCCUGCAGUAUCUGGCCUGGGUCACAUACCCUGUGGUCCUCAUCACCUUUUCUGCUGGCUUCACUCAGAUUCUUGCUCCACAAGCUGUUGGUUCGGGCAUUCCAGAGAUGAAAACGAUCUUGCGAGGAGUAGUGCUGAAGGAAUACCUCACCUUCAAAACGUUUGUGGCCAAAGUCAUCGGCCUGACCUGCGCCCUGGGCAGUGGAAUGCCGCUGGGCAAGGAGGGUCCAUUUGUUCACAUUGCCAGUUUGUGCGCCGCUCUCCUCAGCAAGUUCAUGUCUCUGUUUGGAGGAAUUUAUGAGAACGAGUCGAGAAACAUUGAGAUGCUAGCAGCGGCGUGUGCAGUGGGGGUCGGUUGCUGUUUUGCUGCCCCUAUUGGAGGUGUAUUGUUUAGUAUUGAAGUAACAUCGACAUUCUUUGCGGUGAGGAACUAUUGGAGAGGUUUCUUUGCAGCAACCUUCAGUGCCUUCAUUUUCCGAGUGCUCGCUGUUUGGAACAAGGACGAAGAGACCAUCACAGCCCUUUUUAAAACUCGCUUUCGACUAGAUUUCCCCUUUGACCUCCAGGAGCUUCCCGCUUUUGCUGUCAUUGGAAUCGCCAGUGGGUUUGGUGGGGCUUUGUUUGUCUACUUUAACCGACUGAUUGUCCAGUUCAUCAGGAAACAGAAGGCCAUCAACAAAUUCCUCAUGAAAAAACGCCUUCUGUAUCCAGCACUAGUAACUCUACUUGUUUCCACCUUAACAUUCCCCCCUGGCUUUGGUCAAUUUAUGGCUGGCAAGCUGACGCAGAAAGAAUCUCUGGUGACAUUACUGGACAACCGGACUUGGUGCAAAGAAGGCAUUGCAGAAGAGUUUGACUACAUUGGCAACUCCCAGGCUUGGCAACAUCCGCAGGUCAACGUCUUUGUCACACUGGUUCUCUUCAUUGUCAUGAAGUUCUGGAUGUCUGCCCUUGCCACAACAAUUCCAGUACCCUGCGGAGCAUUCAUGCCAGUAUUUGUUAUAGGAGCAGCAUUUGGUCGCCUAGUGGGAGAAAGCAUGGCAGCCUGGUUCCCAGAUGGUAUUAACACGGAUGGCACCAUAUACCCCAUUGUACCAGGAGGCUAUGCUGUAGUGGGUGCAGCAGCCUUGUCAGGAGCAGUCACCCAUACAGUUUCUACCGCAGUGAUUGUUUUUGAGCUGACUGGGCAGAUCUCUCACAUCCUUCCUGUGAUGAUAGCAGUGAUUCUGGCCAAUGCUGUAGCGCAGUCCCUGCAACCCUCCCUCUACGACUCCAUCAUCCGGAUCAAGAAGCUGCCAUACCUCCCAGAGCUGGGCUGGGGACACCAUGAGAAGUAUAAUAUCCGUGUGGAGGACAUCAUGGUGAGGGACGUGCGCUACAUCACACUCAACUGCUGCUACAGAGAUCUGCAUAAUGUCCUGCUGACGGGUCACCUCAAAACUCUGGCUCUGGUGGAAUCAGCUGCGUCGAUGAUCCUCUUGGGCUCCAUCGAACGUGCUCAGCUCCAGGCGCUGCUCUCCCUACAGCUUGGUCGUCCUCGUCGCCUGGAGUUCAUCAGAGAGCGGGAUGCAGCGGAGAAGAAGCGUAUGUCUGUUGUGUCCAACUCUGACUGCGAGUACGACCAUCAGCGAACAAGUCAAGAGGUCCGCUUCCAGAUUUCCACUGAAGAAUCAUCCUUCAGCCCCACUCGUCCAAUUUCUCCAAAGCCCCUUAAACCUGCUCUGAAGAGACCCUCUGUGGUUGAGCGGCCCAUUGAUAUCCCCACCAGCCUACAGGACCAGUCAGGCAACUCUCUAAAGAACCUGUUUUGUGCCAGUCCAGAUGCAGAAAUGAUGGAGGAGCCACCACCCAUCUUAAGAGCUUUCUUUGGGGAAGAUGGCGAUGUGGAAGAUGACAUGACGCUCAGAGAGAUUGCAGAGUGGGAGGAGAUGCAACUUGAUGAGCAGGUCAACUUUAACAACUGCAAGAUCGACCCUGCCCCAUUCCAGCUUGUAGAGCGCACAUCGCUGCAUAAGACUCACACGAUCUUCUCCUUGCUGGGACUCGACCACGCCUACGUGACCAGUAUCGGACGCCUCAUUGGCGUUGUUUCCCUUAAAGAGCUUCGUAAAGCCAUUGAGGGCUCCGUGACGGUGAAAGGCGUGAAGGUGCGUCCACCUCUGGCCAGUUUCCGGGACAGCGGCACCAGCAGCAGCGAGACCGACGCCACCGAGCUACACAAGCUGUGGAGUCGCCAGAAGAGCGCCUCGCUGCCCCGCGAACACGCCCCGUCAGAGUGCGACGAGAAGUCCCAGUGAGGUACAAAAUAGGACAUGACCAGGUCUUACAGUCUCUUCAGUCAAAAAAAAAAAAAAACAUGCAAAAUUCCUCAGGGCUACGAAUCAAUAUUUCAUUGUGGAAAGAUUUCGACUGCACCGUCAGCCUCGUCUUCUCCUCGCAGUCAUUUUGUGCAAGACACUCCUCAGGGGAGCCAAACGCAUCUCAGCCUGUGUCCUGCUCUCUAUUAGCACCUGGGAACCAACAAGUGGUGAAUUUCUAAAACAAACAAAAAGGGAUUUUCUUUAGCAGAUAUUACUUAGUUAGUCUGAUCUGAGAGUAGCAGUCUGGUGUACUGUAAAUGUGCGUGUAUGCUGAUUAAGCACUGUUUUGUUUUGCACUGGAAAGACUCUUUGGUGUCCUCCCCCUUUUAGAGUAUGGACCAGGCAAGCAGACAUGCCCAACAUAGCCUGUAACCAUUUGAAUAAUGCAUCCCUUAAUGCACAGAAACAUGGCCCUAAGUUUAUGGCCUAUCUAAAUAUAGAUCUGACUGAUCAGACGGACAGCAAUGGACGGAAGUAAGCAAAGAUUCAAUGAAUGAAUUUGCCUCCAAAUCAAUGCACCUUUCUUCACCUUUGCUUUAGAGACACUGGAUAGUAUAAGAGAUGAUCAAACGUGCACGAAAAGGGAGCGGAAUCCGCUUCAUUACUGCCGUACAAAGGGUAGAAACACUACAAGAAAUCAAUGGAAAGAUGGUCGAUUUUAAAAAUGAACCUUGUUUAGCCACUCAAUUAUUAGCUUUUGCAACGGCGGAGGAAAUCGGAGCCCUCGUUGUUUUAAUGCAUGGAUUCAGUCAGCAGUGAGCCUGACAUGACAGAUAAUAAGUACUGUGUAUUUAAUAAUUCAUGUCUACCAUAAUGCAUGAGGUUGGGCAAGGUGUGCUCUGUUAAUGGAAAGAAAAACACUGAUUUCUCUUCCUUCUCCUCCGUGCUUCUGAGCCACAAAACUCCAUGUCCCUAUUUUAUAUAUAUAUAUAUAUAUAUAUAUAUAUAUAUAUAUAUAUAUAUAUAUGUAUAUAUGGUAUUUUUUUAAUAGACCUGUACUACACCCACGGAAAUGUUACUACAGUGCUCCGUGCCGUGAAUACACACACUUGUAGCCGCCAUCAUUAUCAGUUUCGCUUUUGAUGUUCUGCACAGGUUGUACUGUAAGUAUGGUGACACCAGCAGCAUGGAUUAGCAUGAAAUAUACAGUGGUAUGUCAGUUUGUUGGACAAAAUGUGGCCACUCGGUCAUCGUAAACAUUCCACGUAAUUAAAUAGCGCGUUUGCUCGCAUGUAAACAAAAGAAUCCCACUCAGUCUCUGCGCUUGUUUUAAUUGAGUCCAACUGCAAAAUGAUCCACCACCAAGCCAGAGGGCCAAAGAAAGUUGUGAGUGGCAGCCCUUUUGUUAAGAAAGUGAGAAACGUCACUGAAUUCAAAACAGAACUCGUAGCAAAGUACAAAAGUGGCUCAUUUAUAUGGAUGUCAAGGGGAUGGGUAAAUGAUGUGUGGCAAAGUCACUGGCUGUAUUGACACUGCACUGCUACUGUGUUGGUGUUUCCUAAUGGUGUCAUCUGGCGGAUUAAAAAAGUUAUUUCCGGACUUUUGAGCGCACACCCAUCAAAUUUUUAGAAAUAAUAAAUAUUGUUACAUGUGUUAGCCGCACCGGACUAUAAGAAGCAG